CCUGGUCUUACCUCUAUCCCCAUCACAUACACCUUCACUCCUAAUCCCCAUGAUCAAGUAGUUUCAGAGACAGACGAGUCACUCCCUGUUAUAGAUUACUCUCUUCUUACUUCAGGCACUCCUGAUCAACGGUCCAAAAUCAUUGAUCACCUUGGUAAAGCCUGCCAGGACUGGGGAUUCUUCAUGGUGAUCAAUCAUGGAGUGCCAGAGAGCUUAAUGGGAUCACUGAUAGAUACGUGUAGAGGAUUCUUUGAUCUUCCUGAGGAGGAGAAAGAAGAGUACAGAGGGAAACAUGUUUUGGACCCAAUAAGAUGUGGCACUAGCUUUAAUGCUUCCACAGAGAAGGUUUUCUUUUGGAAGGAUUUUCUCAAGAUUCUUUCACAUCCUGUGUUUCACUCUCCAAGUAAACCUGCUGGGUUCAGAGAGACUUCAUUAGAGUACUCAAAAAAGGCAAGAGAAGUAGCAAGAGAGUUGCUAAAAGGAAUAUCAGAGAACUUGGGAUUGGAAGCUAAUUAUAUAGAAAAGGCAUUGAACUUGGAAACAGGUCUACAAGUAAUGGCAGCAAAUUUUUAUCCACCCUGUCCACAGCCAGAACUUGCAAUGGGCAUGCCUCCUCAUUCUGAUCAUGGCCUCUUAACCUUUCUAAUACAUAAUGGAAUUAGUGGCCUUCAAGUACAACACAAAGGGAAGUGGGUCAACAUUAAUGGCACCCCUAAUUCCAUUCUUGUUAACGUUGGAGACCAUCUCGAGAUAGUGAGUAAUGGAAAGUACAAGAGUGUUCUGCACAGAGCAGUUGUGAACAACAAAGUAACAAGAAUAUCCAUAGCAACAGUACAAGGACCAUCACUUGAUUCAGUGGUUAGUCCAGCACCAGAAUUGCUAGACAGUGAAAGGAAUGCGCCGAACUAUUUUGGCAUCAAAUAUAAAGAAUACCUGGAACUUCAGCAAAGCAGCAAUCUUGAUGGGAAAUGCAACUUGGAUCGAGUUCGAAUUCGAGCAGUGUAAAUAAUUAAUAUACUUUCAGAUGAUCUCUAUGUGCAACAAAUUACUCAAUUUAUAACAUGUUGGUGGAUUGAGAGUUUAAAUUCCACCUAUAUUAUGCUGUUGGUAGCAUAUCUACAUA